CAGGAGAAUACACACAUACACAAAUAUAUAUAUAUAUAUACAUAUACACUUAUACAUACAUAUCUAUCUAUUUAUCUGUAUGUAUGUAUAUAUGUCUGUGGGUGCCAUGUUGUUGUAUAUACAGUUGAGAUAGUGAGAACUCAAUAUUGCGUUGCAGAGCACAAAUUUUUAUACACAGUCUUCAGAUGUGUUAAAGAAUUGACUAUAUAAAAUUUCUUGGGUUUAUAUCCCGAACGUCGGGUGAAGAAGGAUAUCAAAGAACCACAGCGACUCCGUUGACGUCUGAAUAUAAACAGUCUACACACAAACAAUACAUAGAAACGUAUAUUUGCAUGUACAUACACACACACGAAUAUAGUUGCUUGUGCUGGCUCUUCUCCUGCUACUACUACUACUACUACUACCCAAACUACAGCAUCGGUGAGACACUAAAGUCAGGAUGGAACAGGAAACAGUGAAAAGCGAACAGAAAAUACAGUAUGGGACAUUGUUGGCGAAUUUGAUGUACAGCCAAAGGAAAUUCCGUAAAUUUAUCAAAGAUAUCAGCCACUAUUCAGACGAAUUCAUCACAAUGCAAAAUGAUGACGUGAUCGAAUUCAUUGAGAAAUCCGAAUUAGGGGAUUAUCCGGGGCUGGUCCGUCUUUUCGAAAGGAACCCAGAUAUUGACGUGAACAGCGUCGAUGCCCUGGGGCGGAACGCCCUCACCCUUGCCAUUAAGAACGAACAUCUCGAGAUCGUCGAAUUCUUGCUCGACCGCACAAAACUGGAAGACAUCCAACAGGCGGCCCUUCUAGCCAUCAACCUCGGCCACGUGCAGGUAGCCCAGGGGAUCUUGACACACAGACGCUAUCUCCAAAUGUGGAACCAACGCAAAAAAAUCGGUGCCGACGAAUACGAUUUUUACCAAAUGUCUUCCGAUUCGGGUCUCCACUUCUCCGAAGAAACAACCCCCAUAAUCCUUGCUGCCCAGAAAAACAUGUUCAAGGUCGUGCAAUUGUUAUUAGAUCGUGGCGAAUUCAUACAUAUCCCGCAUAAAUAUAAUUGCCAGUGUACAGAAUGCUUGAAUCGGGUGAAGUUUGACCAUUUGAGGGCGGCCAAAAUCCGGCUCAACAGCUACAAAGGUUUGGCCAGUGAAGCCUAUAUAUCUCUGUCCAGUAAGGACCCGAUUCUCAGAGCUUUUACUUUGUCUAAGGAACUUCGCCAUAUGGCAGACAUGCAGAAAUUUUUUAAAAAAGACUACAAUGAGUUGGCUGCCAGGCUCAGUAACUUCGUGGUUCUGUUGCUCGACCAGAUACAAACACAGGAGGAACUUGAACUGAUUGUCAACAAAGUUGGCAAAAGUGAAGAGGAACUUUACGAACAGUUUGGUCGCUUGAAGCUGGCGCUUCGCUUUGGCGAGAAAAAGUUUGUGUCUCACCCAUCGAUACAACAAAAGCUAGACCAAACAUGGUACGCUGGUCAACAUCGUCUGGAACAUUCUGCCCUUCCUCAGAAAAUCCUCGGUGUAAUGCUCAUCGUCUUAUUCUAUCCCAUACUCCUCGGCUGCUAUCUAAUCCAACCAAAGUCACGGCUCGGCACCAUCAUCAGCUACCCCUGCAUCAAAUUCAUCUGCCACAGUCUGUCUUUCACCGCUUUCAUCACCCUCAUCAUCCUCUCCACCCUGGAGAUGUCCAGCUACAGCGAAAACAAACUCUCUACCUCGCUACCCGACAUCUACGCACAGUACGCCCGUUUCCGAAACACUUCGGCUGAUUCCUCCUACUUCGGUAACGACUUCCCACUGCGCAAGUGCAACAUUCAACCAAUGGAAAUGCUGCUCAUUGUAUUCAUUGUCGGUUUCAUUGUCCAGGAGCUUCAACAGAUCUACGAAGGCGGCCUCUGUGAGUACAGCUACUCCUACAGCAACAUCAUGGACUUCGCCAUGCUCUCCCUCUACACCAUGUGUUUCUCGCUGCGGUUCUGCAUUUUAUUCAAGAGGCAACAGUCGACCCAAUACCUCCAAGAACUCUCCAAUGGAACCAUCAAUUUUAUGGAAAAAUUCUACGAUGUAUAUUGGUUGAAUGCAGAUCGUUAUUAUUGGAACAAAGACGACCCAGAGAAUGUGGCUGAGGCCUUGUUUGCUGUGGCAAAUAUACUCAGUUUCGCCAGGAUCUCAUAUAUUCUGCCAGCUAAUGCCACCCUGGGACCGUUACAGAUCUCAAUCGGGAGAAUGGUCAAGGAGAUAUUGAAGUUCUUCCUGCUGUUCUGUUUGGUGUUGGCAGCUUUUAUUGUUGGACUUCAGAACCUUUAUUGGUAUUACGGGGUCAAAGAACAUUUGAAGAUUGUCCCUAGGAAUGUUACCGUCAAGGCAAGCGUCAGUUUCGGAGAUUUUAUCAGUACGUUCCGCACAGCCUUCUGGUCGCUGUUUGGAAGGGGCGAACCCCAUGCCGUCCAGCUGGGGGACUAUGACAACUCCUUCACUGAAGAUGUCGGCUACGUCAUCUAUGGCAUAUACAAUAUUGCCAUGGUAACCGUGCUGCUCAACAUGUUGACAGCAAUGAUGACCAGGUCAUUUGAGAAUAUCACGACCUAUUCCGAUGCAGAAUGGAAGUAUGCCCGUAGCCUUCUCUACAUGGAAUACAUGGACGACAGCCUCACCCUCCCUGUCCCUUUCAACAUUUUGACCAUGCUGAGGGCCAUCUUCUUUGUAUUCUGUUCAAUGGUGUCCUACUUCCGCAGAUUGUGUAAGCAUUCACCUCACCCUAGCAACACCACAGACUGUGGACACUGCCCUGGAGUUGCCAUGCAAAGCAAGUCUGGACAGGACAAUGUUGCUUAUGAGGUAACAGACGAGAAUAGUGUGAGUUAUGGACAAACUGUGUCAUGCAGUAAGAAGCUGACAUAUGAGAAUGUAAUCCACAGAAUCAUUCAGCGAUACAUCUGUGACAUCCAUCAUGAAAAUGAAGUAACGGAAGAUGAAAUAGAGAAGCUGAAACAGGACAUCAACAGUUUCCGCUACGAUGUGGUGAACAGGUUCGAUUUGCUGGAAGAGAUGCAAGCGAGGAUACACCAAGCACUGACAGGGGAGGAGGUGUGCGAGGUGACGAGGAGGGGGAGGAGGAGGAAGAAAAGAAAAGACGGCAGUGACAGUGAUGGGUCGGCCCAAUGUGCCGAUGGGGAGCAACAGAAGUGAGAGAGAUGGGAAGGAGGGGGAGCAGCAGAAGUGUAGUAGUAGUAGUAGUAGUAGUAGUAGUGGUAGAAGUAGAUGGUAGUUGUAGGAACAACUGUUACACGCUUGAUCAAUCAAGAUUGACCUGGGACUGAGUGACCCCAAAACAUUGCAUUUCUAAAUCUGCCAGACUCACUUGUUGCUACCGUUAGCAACACAAUAAAAUGAUGGUUUGUUGCAAAUAGUGGCUGUGUGGUAAGUAGCUUGCUUACCAACCACAUGGUCCCGGGUUCAGUCCCACUGCGUGGCAUCUUGGGCAAGUGUCUUCUACUAUAGCCUCGGGCCGACCAAAG